AUGGCAAGCUGCAAUCCGACCAGGAAGAAGAGCUCUGCUUCAAGCCUAUCUAUGUGGAGAACGAUUCUCAUGGCGUUAACAACACUACCGCUAAGUGUUCUUUCGCAGGAGUUGGUUCCAGCUAAUAGCACAACAUCGAGCACAGCUCCUUCCAUCACUUCGCUUUCCGCAGUUGAGUCAUUUACGUCCAGUACCGAUGCAACGAGCAGCGCAAGUUUAUCAACGCCGAGUAUAGCUUCAGUAUCCUUUACUUCCUUCCCACAAAGUUCUUCACUGCUUACUCUUUCGUCAACAUUAUCCUCAGAACUUUCCUCUUCGUCCAUGCAAGUUUCGUCGUCUUCAACAUCGUCGUCUUCUUCGGAGGUUACGUCAUCAUCGUCAUCAUCAUCAAUAUCUCCUUCCUCUUCAUCAUCAACAAUAAUAUCAUCGUCAUCAUCACUGCCGACAUUCACUGUGGCAUCAACAUCUUCGACAGUUGCCUCCUCCACACUUUCCACUAGCUCAUCGUUGGUUAUCUCUACGUCUUCGUCAACGUUUACGUUUAGUUCGGAAAGUUCAAGCUCUUUGAUUUCCUCUUCAAUUUCAACAUCCGUUUCGACUUCUUCAGUGUACGUUCCCUCCUCUUCAACUUCAUCUCCACCUUCGUCCUCAUCCGAAUUGACAUCAUCCUCGUACUCAUCAUCCUCAUCCUCAUCCACCCUCUUUUCCUACUCCUCCUCAUUUUCAUCAUCCUCAUCCUCAUCAUCCUCAUCAUCAUCCUCAUCCUCAUCAUCAUCAUCAUCAUCAUCAUCAUAUUUCACCCUCUCCACAUCUUCCUCUUCAUCCAUAUACUCGUCUUCGUCAUAUCCUUCAUUUUCAUCUUCAUCUUCCUCAAACCCUACCUCAUCAAUCACUUCUACAUCCGCCUCAUCUUCUAUUACUCCCGCUUCCGAAUAUUCCAAUUUGGCAAAAACCAUAACUAGUAUAAUAGAAGGCCAGACCAUCCUCUCUAACUACUAUACCACAAUAACGUAUUCACCGACAGCAUCCGCAUCUUCAGGAAAAAAUUCACAUCACUCAGGCUUAUCAAAAAAGAAUCGUAAUAUUAUCAUCGGUUGUGUGGUUGGCAUAGGUGCCCCCCUCAUCCUAAUUCUACUAAUAUUGAUUUACAUGUUUUGUGUUCAGCCUAAAAAAACGGAUUUCAUUGACUCUGACGGUAAAAUUGUCACAGCUUAUCGUAGUAACAUUUUCACCAAAAUAUGGUAUUUCUUGCUGGGUAAAAAAAUUGGUGAAACAGAAAGAUUCAGCUCAGAUUCCCCCAUCGGCAGCAAUAAUAUUCAGAAUUUUGGUGAUAUCGAUCCAGAAGAUAUACUUAACAAUGACAACCCCUACACCCCUAAACACACUAAUGUUGAAGGCUACGACGACGACGACGACGACGACGCUAAUGAUGAAAACCUAUCAUCCAACUUCCAUAACAGAGGCAUAGAUGAUCAAUACUCACCUACUAAAUCUGCAUCAUAUUCAAUGUCGAAUAGUAAUAGUCAAGAUUACAACGACGCAGAUGAAGUAAUGCACGAUGAAAACAUUCAUCGUGUUUAUGAUGACAGCGAAGCUAGCAUCGACGAGAACUAUUACACGAAACCAAACAACGGCUUAAAUAUCACGAACUAUUAA